AUGGCGAGGUUCGCUGCGCUCGCCGUGUGCGCGGCCGCGCUCCUGCUCGCCGGCGUGGGGUCGGUCAUCACGCAGUCGGUGUACGACACCAUGCUGCCCAACCGCGACAACUCGCAGUGCCCGGCCAGCGGGUUCUACACGUACGACGCCUUCAUCACCGCCGCCGCCGCCUUCCCGUCGUUUGGCACCACCGGCAGCGCUGACGACGUGAAGCGCGAGCUCGCCGCCUUCUUCGGCCAGACCUCCCACGAGACCAACGGUACGUCGAUCGGUCAGCGACCGGAGUUCAAAUGGGGUUACUGCUUUAAGGAAGAGGUGUCCAAGGCCACGUCUCCGCCCUACUAUGGACGUGGACCGAUUCAACUCACUGGGCAGUCAAACUACCAGCAGGCAGGGGACUUCAUUGGAGAGGACCUGGUGAACAACCCUGACCGUGUGGCGCAGGACGCGGUGAUCUCCUUCAAAACGGCCAUGUGGUUCUGGACGACGGCGCAGGGCAACAAGCCGUCGUGCCAGGACGUCGCCUUGAGGCGCUGGACGCCGACGGCAGCCGACAACGCCGCGGGACGGGUGCCCGGAUAUGGCGUGAUCACCAACAUCAUCAACGGCGGGCGAGAGUGCGGCAUGGGCCAGAAAGCAGAGAACGAGGACCGCAUCGGCUACUACAAACGCUAUUGCGGCAUCCUCGGCACGGACGCCGGGGACAACCUCGACUGCUAUACCCAGCAGAACUUCGCCAGUUAGUAGUAUAUAUGCCCUACUAGAUUUAGAUGUGCGCCUUGGCGCACGACCCCGUAGAUCUCGUGUGAAAAUUUAUUUUGUAUAUAAUACUCUCUUAAAAUCGUUAAUUUAACGAAUAUAAUAAAUUAUAUCAUUAGAAAGCA